AUGGAGAUCAGGGUCGUUUUAAUGCUCGCUGUCACCUGCUGGAGCCUGUUGCGCGAGGCGCGUGGGGAUAAGAAAGACAUUUACAGGAAGGUUGUGGAUUUGGUGGCUCCAGGUGAGAAGUUCCUCACUGAAGAUGCGCUUCGCUCGGUUUUUGAAGGGCUGGAGAAACGUGUGCAGUGCCCCGGUGUGUCGUGUGAAAAGUGUCUGUCUGUGUCAGGUGUGUCUCAGCUCUUGAGGAACUACAGUAGUUCAGAUGGUCUACAGAUGGAGGAGUUCUUCACGACUGCCGCUGGUUUCUGUCUGUUUCUGAGCUCUCCAGAGGACACCUGCGGGGUCAUACGUGAGGGCCGAUGGGGUGCCGAAACCCAACACUUCAUUGAAUCAAUCUUAGGCCACGGUCACCGUGACAACAACAUCAGCACCAGCCAUCCUCCACGUGACAGUGUCACAGAAUAUGAGGGUUUGGAGCGAGUGUUUCUGGAUAUCGAGAAACACUAUCAGCCCGACGCUCAUGAGCCCUGUCUCUCGCUGAACGACAUUCUGGAGGAGAGCAGCGAUCAUCACGGAGAUCACACACACGUGGAGCUGGACGUCGUGUUUGGAAACAUUCUUUAUCAUGUUCUGCGUGGAGACUGCGUGAGAGCUCAUGUCCUGCCGGAGCGACAGUACUUUCUGGAUUACAUCUUCAACCGCUCAGAGAAUCUCACCCUGCACGACUUUGAAAAGCUUCUGAGAUCCCUGAACCUGGGUGGAGGGGAACACAACGACGGUCACGACCACCCUCAGACUGAACCCCACCGCAGUCAUCCAGAGGGUCGCCGUAGCAACAGCAGCUGGGAUGCGGUAAUCAUUCAUUCUGUCAUCAGAUCAAAUGCCCUCGGCUCAAUAAACUUUAGCAGAUAUCUUGACACAUCAUGUUUGAACCAUAUGAGCAUGACAUCUUUUCCAGUUGGGCAUCAUGGGAAAUCUCAGCACGCUUCAGAAAUCCACUCGUUUAAGACGUGUUUCAGCCCUGAAGACCUGCUGAGAAUCCACCACAUCGACUCUUCAGCACUGACCAGAGGUCAGUUCACUCAGAUCAGCCCUGCCCUGAUUCAGCAGAUGCUCAGCGGAAGCUGUUCUGAGAUCAGUCCCAGUCCUGUGAGCCCUGUCUCUCUGAGCACCGCUGAACGUUAUGGAUACGCCACUCUGGCCAAUCUCCUCAUCUGUCUGAUGGCCAUGUUUGGGAUCGUGGUGUUGUUGUUCACGGCCUGUACUCAAGUGUUUGAGUUGUGUAUUCAGUUCUGCAUCAGUCUGGCUGUGGGCUCGCUGACGGGUGACGCGCUGCUGCAUCUUCUGCCUGCGUUUUUGGGCCUUCACUUGCACGAACAUGGAAGCAGUCUUGACCAUUCAGAAGUCAACCUUGACUUUCUCUACAAACUCCUGGUGCUCAUCGCAGGCGUCUAUUUCUUCUAUCUGAUGGAGAGCAUCUUCUCCAUUGUUACUCGCAGAGAACAUCACCAUCACGAUGGCGAGGAGUCUGACCUCCAUCACUGUGACCACGGCAAAGUCCUGCAGAUGUUCCAGCGAGAGAAACACAACAAAAACUCAAUAUCGCAGGUUGAUCUGGUUGACACAGAAAAAAACGAGAAAUCCUUCCUGGAACCUGUUGAGCGCAGAAGAGAGCAGCGAUUGCUUCCCUACAUGAUCACCUUUGGAGACGGCAUUCAUAACUUUGCUGACGGUUUGGCGCUCGGUGCCGCGUUCUCCGUGUCCUGGCGCUCGGGUCUGGCCACGUCUCUGGCCGUUCUGUGCCACGAGCUUCCACACGAGCUGGGUGAUUUUGCGAUCCUGUUGCACUGUGGGGUGCCUGUAAAGAAAGCUUUAAUGCUGAACUUUGGCAGCGCUCUCACCUCUUUCAUCGGACUGUACAUCGCCCUGUCCGUCUCCACAGAAACCAUCGCUACGGAGUGGAUUUCGGCCGUCACUGCUGGACUCUUUCUGUAUGUCGGUCUUGCAGACAUGUUGCCGUCUAUGGUCCACGUGGACAGCCGGAGACCGUGGCUGAUGUUUCUCCUGCAGAAUUUGGGCCUUUUAAGCGGCUGGGGCAUUUUGUUGCUCCUGUCUCUUUAUGAAGAUCAAAUAGGGCUAUAACAUGUUUAGUUUUUUAAAUGGUAGUUAUUAUAGCAUGUAAAAUAUGUGCAAUUGAG